UCCGAAAGGCUCGCGAGAAAUCUGCAGCCUGUCGGAAACAAUGUCGUCGCUCGAGGCUCGUACGGCCAAAGUCCAUGGAGUUUUCAUAUGACCGACCGAUUUCACAUCUUCUAAUAUCAUUAUGAAGGAAGUUGUUCUGACAUGGAAGCUGGUCAGCUUCACUUGCAUACUGGCGUUGGUAAGACCCGUUCCUGAAAAGUUACCCAUAGGAGCCAUCUUCACACCGGGAACACAGUCCUUACAUACAGCUUUCGAGUAUGCCAUCUACCUUCAUAAUACCAGUGAUAGCCAAGCGAGAUUUAAAGUAAAAGCUGUUAUUGAUGUCCUUGAUUUGGACGAUCCCUUCAAGAUUUCCAGAACACUCUGUAAUCAACUCAGUCGUGGUAUAUUCGCAUUGGUUUCACCGACGUCAGAACCGUCCUAUCACACUCUGGCUGCCUAUACCAACACCUUUCAGAUGCCUUUGGUCAGCCCUUCGUUUCCGGAAGCCGGGGCUGACCGCGACAUGCAAUUUGCCCUCAACAUGAAACCCGUUUAUUUGCGUGCAAUCGUCGACGUCAUCAAACAUUAUCAAUGGAAGUCUAUCAUUUAUUUAUACGAUUCGGACGACGGUCUUUUAAAACUCCAACAUAUCUUUCAUUUGACGACCGAAACUUAUAAGUUAAAAGUAAGAGGAGUGAGAAGGAUAGUGAACGAAACCGAUGCCAACUUGUUUCUCUAUUCGAUGCAAAGUCAAGAUCAAACUCAAGACAAACAAAAAUAUAUUAUACUGGAUUGCAAUGCGACAGUAGCACAAAAAAUAAUUGUUAAUCACGUGAAAAAUAUUUAUAUGGGUCGAAGGAACUAUCAUUUUCUUCUAACUAGUUUGAUUGUAGACGAAAAUUGGAACAGUGAAGUCUUGCAACACGGUGCUAUUAACGUGACGGGAUUUCAAAUACUUCAGCCAAAUCGACCAGAAAUGAGGCAUUUUUUGAGUCAGUGGAAAAAACUCGAUCCUUUUAAAUGGCCGGGCUCUGGAAAUAAAUUCUUUGAUGCUAAUAUUGCUCUUAUGUAUGACGGCAUCAAAGUUAUUUUAGAUGCAUUCAGUCGUUUAAUGAAGAAGAAACCAGAUAUAUUUCGCAAUAAUUUUCGUAGGGGCGAAGUUUAUAAUAAUGGAACAAAGGGAAUUGAUUGCAGAAGAAUUCCAGUAAUGCCUUGGGAACAUGGUGAAAAAAUUAUUAACUUUAUGAAGAAGACAGAAAUAAAAGGUUUAACUGGAAAUAUCUCUUUCGAUGAAUAUGGUUAUAGAAAAAAUUUUACUGUGGAUAUUGUAGAAAUGACAAUUAACAGCGAAAUGGUGAAAAUAGCUCAAUGGUCAGACACGAAAGGUUUGGAGUUAGUUCCUCCUAAAUACAGGCGUGUACCACAGAAUACCGGAUUUGAAAAUAAAACAUAUAUCGUUACUAGUAUAUUAGAAGAACCAUAUUUAAUGGAAAAAAAAGCCGAACCGGGACAAAAUAUGGAAGGAAACGAUAGGUUCGAAGGAUAUUGCAAAGAUCUCGCAGAUUUGAUUGCAGAUAAUCUAAAAUUCAACUACAUCUUGCAGUUGGUUAACGAUUCUAAAUAUGGAGGGUUGGACCCAAAUGCUAAAGGAGGAUGGAAUGGAAUGGUUGGAGAACUCAUUCGCAAAGAAGCCGAUAUAGCCAUUGCUCCAUUAACAAUAACAUCGGCUAGAGAGAACGUGAUAGAUUUUACCAAACCUUUUAUGUCGUUGGGUAUCAGCAUCAUGAUCAAGAAACCGGUAAAUAGGAAACCUGGUGUGUUUUCCUUUAUGAAUCCUUUGUCAGAAGAGAUUUGGAUGUGCAUUAUCUUCGCCUACGUCGGUGUUUCUGUCGUCUUGUUUCUAGUCAGUCGCUUUUCACCCCACGAAUGGAGAUACGAAGACGGAAUGAUGGGACCAACGGCUUCCAAUGACUUCUCUCUACAAAACAGUCUUUGGUUUUCCUUGGGCGCCUUCAUGCAACAAGGCUGUGACAUUUGUCCGAGGUCGAUUGCAGGUCGUAUAGUGGGCAGUGUCUGGUGGUUUUUCACACUCAUCAUUAUCUCUUCGUACACUGCCAAUUUGGCUGCCUUUCUCACAAUGGAAAGAAUGGUAACGCCUAUUAAUUCUGCUGAAGACUUAGCCAAACAGACUGAAGUCGAAUAUGGUACUCUAUCGUUUUCUUCGACGCAGGAAUUCUUCAGGCUUCAAAGCGCAAAAAUAGCUGUUUAUGCUCGGAUGUGGGAAUUUAUGAAUUCGAGGAAGCAAGUUUUUGUCUCUUCUUACGGAGAGGGCAUCAGAAGAGUAAGGGAAUCGAAGGGAAAAUAUGCAUUUUUAAUGGAAUCUACUAAGAACGAAUAUAUUAACGAGAGACAACCUUGCGAUACGAUGAAAGUAGGAAGAAAUUUAGAUGCUAAAGGAUAUGGUGUGGCAACACCUGUUGGAUCUAAUCUCAGGGAUCGUUUGAAUUUGGCUGUUUUGACAAUGUUGGAGAAAGGAGAUUUAGCUCGUUUGGAAAAUAAAUGGUGGUACGAUAGGAGUGAAUGCAGAAAUGGAGAUAGUAAGGAAUCUUCUCAAAAUGAAUUAACGUUAAGCAAUGUGGCCGGUUGUUUCUAUAUAUUGGUUGGAGGGUGUAUAUUAGCCCUAUGCGUAGCUACAAUUGAAUUUUGUUAUGUAUCCCAGAUUGAAUCAAAUCGAUCAAAAGUGAGUCUAAUGGAAGCCAUGAAAAAUAAACUACGAAUGUCCAUAAAUGGUGAUUUAGAAGGAGAAUGCAGCAGGGUACGAACAGGGUCCAUUUAAUUCGGUAUACCAAUUUCAAUUUUUAUUUCUUUAGUACUUUACGUAAGUGGAAAGAUAUCCACUCGGUUGUAAUUUUUCGUGAUAAUUUUCUGGAAAUUUUCUUUAAUUUUCAGCUUAAGAUAUUUAAA